AUAUAUUUCAGUACAAAUUAUUUCUUCUUGUUCGGUUGUUUUUAUUUAUUUUUAAAAUUUACUUAAAUGUGAAAAGUAAUAGAUGAACUGCAGAACAAGAAUGAAAUGAAAUGUGGAAACCGUACAAGUUUUAGUCAUGUGACUAGUCACGAGGACUGUAAACAAUCGUGCUUGACGUUCUAGACAUAAGUAAUUAUAAAGACACGAAUAUGCCUCAUACAGUCAUUUCAGAGGAUUGACACUACAUAUCAUUGGAGACCAUGUACAAGGUACAGAAACUUCAAACAAGAAACUGCUCUGUCAAACAUUGAUUAAGAAAGCUUCCUGAUCCAGGACUGAUCGAGGCAAGGCUUCAGAGACAGUUGGCCAGUUGGCCCAGUCAUCAAACAAUAUGUCCAGCUCAAACCUUACUGACCACCCAGGGGAAACAACUCCCCUUACUGGGAGUAAUGCAGCCAGCAGCGGCAGCAGUUAUAAAGUUCAUGUCAAACCCGAGUCCAGUCGUCGCCUGGUGACAGUUUGUAUUCUGAUGACAGAACUGUGUGAGAGGCUGACUUACUAUAGCAUCAAUGCUAACUUGUUGAUAUUUCUGAAGAAUCAGCUGAAGUAUGAUAAUGUUACGGCAACAGUCAUCACUUACUUGUUUACAGGCACAUGUUACCUUGUUCCGGUAAUAGGAGGAUGGGUGGCCGACUCUUUAUCUGGACGCUUCAAUGCAAUAUUUGGUAGUGGGCUCAUUUAUACAGUAGGCUCAAUCAUUCUACCAGCUGUGGCCUUUGAUUACCAAGGAGCUAGUUCUAACAGUCAAUUAGGGCUCUCAUUGGGAGAGAUGCAGGGUUUUUUCCUCACUGGUCUAUUUCUGGUUGCCAUAGGAACUGGUGGUAUAAAGGCAAAUGUAGGUCCAUUUGGUGCUCAGCAGUUAGAAGACCUGGGAUCUGAUGCAGUGCAAUCAUUCUUCAAUUGGUUUUAUUGGUUCAUUAACCUGGGCUCAGCAGUAUCCUUCUCUAUAGUGGCCUACAUACAACAGGAGAUCAGUUUCUUCUGGGGCUAUCUGAUCCCAGCAGUAUCCUUGAUCCUGGCCAAUGUCAUUUUCUUUGUGGCCAAGAACAAGUAUAAAGCUCAUGACCCUGGUGAGAGUGUUCUAGCCACCACAGUUUCGAUCAUAAAGGAAGGUGUUCAGAAAAAACGCCACAGUCCUGAAGUUUUAGACUCGUACCUGGAUUAUGCCAAGUAUUCCAAUGGUGGGUCCUAUACAACAGAGGCUGUGGAGGGAGUGAAGAUGCUGGGGAGAGUAAUCCCAAUCUUCAUUGCUAUGAUUAUGUACUGGACUAUCUAUUCCCAGAUGCAAAGCACAUACUUACUGCAAGGGACCCAUAUGAAAUUAGGCUUCAGCGAUGACGAUUUUAAGAUCCCUGCUGCAUCUCUUAAUCUGUUCAAUGUCGCCAUCAUCCUCAUUCUUGUUCCUAUAAUGGACCGUAUUGUCUAUCCUCUGCUGGCCCGUGUGAAGAUUUACCCAUCACAGUUGGUUAGAAUAGGUAUAGGCAUGGUGCUAGCCACCCUGUCAGUGGUAGUGGCUGGUUUUGUAGAGGUGGCUAGGAGAGAUGAAUUACAGGUAUAUGGGGGAAUAGUACAGACCAUAUCAAAUGUACAGUACAAUGCUUCCAGUAUCAGUAUCUUCUGGCAAGUUCCACAGUUCACCCUAAUUGGUGCUAGUGAGGUGUUUGCUAGUAUAUCAGGGCUGGAGUUUGCCUACUCCCAGGCACCUGCUGUCCUGCAAGGUCUUAUUAUGGGGAUGUUCCUACUGACCAAUGGUCUGGGGAACUAUUUGGGGUCAGCACUGAUUGCCAUUGUCAAUGCAGCUACUGUGGAUGAUCCCUGGUACCCAAAUGACAUCAACCAAGGACAUCUUGAAUAUUUUUUCUGGUUGUUGGCCGGCUUGAUGGUAUUAAAUACAUUAGUGUUUGUUGUGCUGGCCUGGAGAUAUAAGCCUGCCGACACAGAGAUGCCUACUUUUGGAGAUUAUCAGAAAAAGUAUGACUUGUUACCUGGCGAUGAUUAUGAGCCAGUAAAACACAACUUUCAGGAAGAAGCAGAUUUACACCAUUCCAAACAUGCUACUCAUUCCACAGAUGUAUAGACUCUUCUUAAUGAUAUUGAUGCCUUUUUCAAUGUUGUCAACUGUCCACAAUGUUGUCAACUGUUGUUUAUUGCAGCAACUUGCUUAGGGAUCCUCCCUUUAUUCAGAGGACCCAUUAGACUGAGGGUCCUAUGUUCUGAAGACACAGCAAAAAGAUUCUUGCAGUGUACACCAGCAUUAUGGAGCAAAAUAUACAUGGAGCACAACAAAUGCAAUUUGCAACACUCGCAUCAAAUGCAUUUGUAAUGCUGUGUCUGUCUGUCCCUUUCUAUGUUGUAUUAUUUUAGGGUCUUACAUGAAGAACCAUUGAGAAUAAAAUGAACUGCUCCAAAAUAUUAUAAGCACGCAUUGCUUCUGUUGAAUACAGCAGCAAUUACUUAUUAAUGUAACCAACUGCAUUUGUUGUGCUCUUUAUCUGCUCUUUAUUUAUCCUGUGCCAUUUUUCUAUCUGUACGCAUUCUAUCUGUGUCUUUGGAAUAUUAGCACAUCUGAAUAAUGGGUAUUCGGUAUAAAUUUGGAACAGCAGACAUUCAGUAUAGCGGUCGAUAUUUUAUGAGGGAUUCUUUAAUUUUUGGAGUAAUGGAUCCUCGGAAUAUAGAUACGGCCCUCUCGCUCAGGAGGGUUAAUUGAAAACAAGAAAAUCCAAAUAAACUUGUUGCAAGAAAAUACUCACCAUAAAAAUUGACCAGUGGGUAAUGCACUUUUUUGUUUUUCCACUUAUAAUAAUAACUUAAAUUAGUUAAUUGAAGGGUUUGCGUACCAGCACAAUUAAUGUCAGAGUUACAAAACUUAAAUAAUGAGAUUGUGCUAUGGACUAUUCAAACUUGAAUGAGUAUUAGUCAAAACCAUUACUUUUUCCUUUUUGUGAUUUAAUUUAUUUAAAAAGCAAAGGUACCAAGUAGAAGUUACUUUUUAUCCUUAUUUUAAUCAAAUGUUUUUAGAUUUCCUAAUUCUAAACUCAUAUUUCAACUGCUGAUCAGCACAUUCCAUUCAAAUGAUAUUUUAAUAUCUGUGAUACCAAAAGUACAGGUAUUAUGUAAUAUGUGUUAAAUGUUUUGUUGAAUGUCAAAAAGAAUUUUAACUUAAUGUGUUGCGCCAUAUUAUUUUCUUAUUUUGUUGUGUACUUAAUUCUCUAAAGGACAUCAAUAUUCUCUGAAGCCUUCAAACUGGCUUUAUUUCAAUCUAGUAAAAAUGGAAUUCUUACAUAUUCUACAGUGUAUUUAUACUUUUAUUCUAAUUUAAGAAACAUUUAUAUUUUGAGGAUUGAAUGUUUUUAUGGUGUCUUUUUAUAUAGAUUACAGAAUGCUCUUUAAUGCUCUUUAACUUGUUAUCAAUCCAUUGUUACCAAUCCCUUGUUAAUGUGUUUGUGUCUACAUGAUUAACAUACAUCAAUUUUUUUACAAUGAUUUUAAAAUUUCUUCGAAAAAUUAUUUUUAAAUAUCAGUUUAUUUUAACAGUUCCUUUCUAAUUUAAUUUUAAUGAAAUACCUCUUCCACAACAUAAUGCUUUAUUUAAUAUAAAUUUAAAGAGGAAUGCAAUUAUUAUACUGUGUACAUCAGUGUAUCUGUGUUAUGAUAUAUGUUAUGCCUUUUUUAUUUAUUUAUUUAUUUAUAUAUUUAUUUAUUUUAUUAAUUAUUUUUUUGCUCGCUCUGAAUUUUAGGGCUUAUAUUUUAGUGCAAUGCUUCAUAGCUACACCUGCUGUUGUAGGGGUUCAGGGAUUGCUAAAAUGAUCAUACACUAGGAUCCAAGAUCUAAUCUUGGACCCUAAUCAUAUAGUAUCCACAUCCUAUCAAAACUGUAGACACAUAUAAGAUGUAUAAUUUUUGGAAUUUGGUUUUUAUUAAUUGAUCAGGUGUAAUUAACGUUCUGAUAUAACAGAGAGACUGGUGCGUGACAAUGACUCUGCUUGAUCAUUUCCAUGGGCGCUAACAUCCUGAAAACCAUAUGUAUAUGUACCUGGUGCAUUUAAAUAGACAGGCUUUGAGCUUUAAUCAAACUCAGUUACACAAGCAUAAGGACACUGAUAUAUACAUGUAAUUCGAUGU